CUCCAGACCUGGUAGCGAUAAAGUAAUCGACUCGUAGAGUAGCCUGUAGCUGUUUUUAUAUCGGAUACGUAAAUUAUAUAAAUUAUUUCUGCACUCGAUUCCCCGACCCCCGACCCCCCUUUGCAUCUUUCAAAAAAAACGAAGGGCGCGACGGCCACUCCGCUCGAGAGAAGAACAGCCAGCGCAGCAAAAUGCGGAAACUCCUAGCGCGGCCCAGAAGGUUCGGCGGAUUCAACAAGGGGCCUGGGGAGGUGGUUCGUUCCUUUUUUUUCUCCAUGAUCCUCCAUGUCCGAUAGUAUAAAGUUAUUCAGUUUUAUCGAAAAAAGCCCUGAGAAUAUGACUGAACGCCUGGUGCCCUGCGAUAGUGGGCGAGAAGCAAGCGGCAGAAUGAAACGCAGUGACUUUGCUAUUAGAUAGAAAUGUAGCGACCACACUCUCACGGAUGCAGGGGACUCGAUUUUCUUUUGGGAUUCUUUUCCUGGACCGCAAGGAUGGAAUUACAGCGGACGAUCUAUAUGCAUUGCAAGUAUGGCUGGAAGGUUGCAACUUGUGAAGCUGACUCCGGCUUUCGAAAAAAUCUGUAUCGCAUAACCAGCACUAAAAGUUCAGCUCCAGCUCGUGCUACCCGGAGAGGGCAUUUCUCACGAGGGAUAAUUAAGCAUCAAGAUGAAGCUCGGUAAAACUCUGUGAUGCUAGGGCAUAUAUCAGAGACAUGGGUUAUAUCAUUGGUCAUGCAAAAGGUGUAUGACAGACAAACGUUGCACUUAUCCAGACAUAAAAAUAUUUGCAGUGGAUAACCUAUAUGAAGGCUUGAUGACCAAAGUGGUUGGCCACGAUAGCAAGUAUUGUUUUUCUUUUCGAUUUGUUGCCUUCACCCUUACACGAACUACGCUAGAUUACAUUACAGUUGACGUGGCCCUAAAGAAAAACUGAGGACGCACUUUAGUGCAAUUUCUUGAUGUAUCCAGAGGCUGUUAUGAAUGCUUUUCAAUGCGCAUGGCCAGACACGACAGACCACACUUCUGACUUAGUGAUAUUUCAGAACAAGAAUAUGCCCGACAACAAUCUCAAUUGACUAGCAAAUAGCCAAAAAAUGAUGAGAUUAUAAAAACACCUAAUCGAGCACUCACAGUGGUCUUUCUUUUUCGUAAAAAUAUGCCAUGAAGAAUGAUCGAGCAUCCGCGUCCGCGACAUCAUGAAUGUUAUAGAAGAAUACGUAGAGACGAUUGAUACCCAAAAAGUCACGGCGAAGUAGUGCUUGCACCAGUCAAGAUCCAAUAUCUUUUUUUUUGGGACCGAACAACGUUAUCAAAUACAAUAG